UAACAUCGGCUCCGGUCACUUUGUGGGUUUGGCCGGGACGGGCGCGGCCGGCGGCAUCGCCGUGGGCGGCUUCGAGUGGAGCCAGUCACUUCCCAGUUCCCUCCCAGUCCCCUCCCGGUCCCUCCCGGUCCCUCCCAGUACAAACCAGUAUCCCCAGGUGGACAUGUACUCGGGCGCUCUGUUCAUCCGCGAGGCGCUGGGCUGGGACCUGUACGCGUCGGUGGGGGCGCUGCUGGGCGUCACCGCGCUCUACACCGUCACCGGUGGGCUGACUGCGCUGAUGUUCGCUGACCUGGUGCAGACUCUGAUCAUCAUCGCGGGAGCCUCCGUGCUGGCCGGCUACGCUCUGGGCGCCGUGGGUGGCUACCAGGGCCUGCAGGAGCGUUACCCAUUGGCCACACCCCCCAACGCCUCGGGUCCCUGCGGGCGCCCCCGGCCCGACGCCUUCCACCUGCUGCGCGCCCCCGACACCGGGGACCUGCCCUGGCCCGGGCUGGUGCUGGGACUGGGAAUCAUCUCGGCCUGGUACUGGUGCACCGACCAGGUGAUCGUGCAGCGCUGCCUGGCCGGCCGCUCCCUCACCCACGUCCGGGCCGGCUGCGUCGUCUGCGGCUACCUCAAGGUGCUGCCCAUGUUCCUGAUGGUGCUGCCCGGCAUGGCCGCCCGCGUGCUCUUCCCGGACGUCGUGGGCUGCGCUGACCCCCAGGGCUGCUCCCGCGCCUGCGGCUCCACCCUGGGCUGCUCCAACGUGGCCUAUCCCCGGCUGGUGCUGGGCCUGCUGCCCCACGGGCUGCGGGGGCUGAUGCUGGCCGUGGUGCUGGCGGCGCUGAUGUCGUCGCUGGCCUCCAUCUUCGCCAGCUCGGGGGCGCUGUUCACGCUCGACGUCUACCGGAAACUGCGGCCGACACAGCUCUUCGAUUACAUGCAGGCGCUCGCCUCCUACCUGGCCCCGCCCGUGGCCGCCGUGUUCUUCCUGGCCGUGUUCGUGCCGCGCGUCAACGAGCCC